AGUUAACUACCCGUAACAUGAGAGUUCUGCAUCUCAUCACCAGUCUGAUCAUCUACGGUAUGGGCGUUCGUGGCCAUGUUGGUGUUUACACUCCAUGCCUCGACAAGGACGGAGACUUUGCACAGUAUGUCAGCAGGAUAGAGUUCUUUUAUGAUGGCACUGUUGCCCUCACCCAUCAGGAAGGACGAUUGGGACGUAAGAAGGUCUACGUAUGUAAAUAUUACAUCUUCCCGAUAAACGAGACAUGCCCAUAUUAUCGAGCUAGAUUCGAAGGCUAUGAAUGUUGGAAGCUUCUGCAGGAUUCCAAGGGCUAUCUCAUGCCAGACUCCUUCAAGUGCUCACUCCAGCUCCCCAAAUUUGAGUACUUGUUGAUGCCUCUACCUUCACCACACGCGCGUACGGCUCUGUAUAAGGAUAGAUCUUGGAAGUGCUCUAAAAAGGUUUGAGCGUAUUUUUAUUCCCUGAGCUUGUUCGGGAACGACCGAAUGAGACUGCGAUGCCGAUGAUGGGUGGCAUUGCCGGACUUUACUCUACCAGUCCUCUUCCAUAUUCUUGGCUGUAGCUCAGCAGCAUCAGUUCUGAUCCGGUCAUAUUUCAUACUUAUGUGUCGAACGAUGUGUCGUUUUCAUCGACAUGCGAUCAACUAAGGAUCCGUCACUCUACAUUGUCGCUCUUGUCUUUUGUUUACUCCCCAUCAAACUUACUGACCAAUGGCGGGGGCUCACGAGAUUAUGUCUGUGAUGUGCCGGGGUCCUCGACUCGGGGAUUCCAUUUCGAUUUGCGAAAGUUAGUGCGAGAUUCACAUUUCAGAGCUAUUGGGAACAUUUUUCGGGAGAAGUUCGUGUAUUGGCUUGUUCCUGCCAGAACUUCCAAGUAUCUCACGGACUUGAGGCUUGGUCAUUGGUCUAUUUCGUCA